AAAUUACUUUUUUUUAACGAAUUUUAAUUAGAUGUGUUUUUAUAAUGAUAAACUGAAUUUUGAUUACUUAUUAAAAAUUAAUAAAAACUAAAGUUUGGUAAUGUAUUUAUUAGUAUGUUUGGUUUAUACAGCACUAGAUAGCAGCAGAUGGUCACUGGAACGGUAUGUGAUAAGAUAUGCUAUGGAUUUUAAUGUGGAAACUGCUCGUCUCUCGGCCAGUUCGUAGCCAUGGCGUACUGUAUGCGAGUUUUGCAUCGCCAGGGCUCCUGGUUGCUGGCAUGGGAGGUGCAGCAGAGGUGCUUCCAUGUGUCGCCGCUCGCGGCCGCCGCCAGCAAGGUGGCGAUGAGCAAGUUCGACUCCGCGGCGUACCUGCCCUACGAGAAGCUCCAGGGCAACCUGCAGGUCGUCAAGAAGAGGUUGAAUCGGCCCCUGACCUUGUCGGAGAAGAUCCUGUACUCGCACAUAGACGACCCAGCGAGGCAGGAGGUUGAAAGGGGCACGAGCUACCUGAGGCUGCGACCCGACCGGGUGGCCAUGCAGGACGCCACCGCGCAGAUGGCCAUGCUGCAGUUCAUCUCAUCAGGUUUGCCACGUGUAGCAGUGCCUUCAACCAUCCACUGUGACCAUCUCAUUGAAGCUCAGGUCGGCGGUGAAAAAGACUUGGCCCGGGCCAAGAGCAUUAACGAGGAGGUGUACAAAUUUCUGAGUUCUGCCGGUGCCAAGUAUGGAGUCGGGUUCUGGAAGCCAGGAUCUGGUAUCAUCCACCAAAUCAUCCUGGAGAACUACGCGUUCCCUGGCCUGCUGAUGAUCGGCACGGACUCGCACACGCCCAACGGCGGAGGGCUGGGCGGCCUCUGCAUCGGGGUGGGCGGAGCCGACGCCGUGGACGUCAUGGCGGACAUUCCGUGGGAGCUCAAGUGCCCCAAGGUGACUGGUGUGAAGCUGACUGGUGAGCUGAAAGGAUGGACCUCGCCCAAGGACAUCAUCCUCAAGGUGGCUGGCAUCCUCACCGUCAAGGGAGGCACGGGUGCCAUUGUGGAGUACUUCGGCCCAGGCGUGGAUUCCAUUUCUUGCACAGGCAUGGCGACAAUUUGCAACAUGGGUGCGGAAAUUGGUGCAACCACGUCGGUUUUCCCUUACAAUUCUCGUAUGAAGAGCUACUUGAAAGUCACUGGGAGGGAAGAUGUUGCAAAUGCAGCUGACAAGUACAAAGAUAGCUUGCUUACUGCAGAUUCUGAUGCGCCUUAUGAUCAGGUGAUAGAACUUGACCUGAGCACGUUAGAGCCUCACGUGAAUGGCCCGUUCACCCCGGACCUGGCAAAUCCCAUUUCUAAAUUGGGUCAGAUCGCACGGGAAAAGGGAUGGCCUCUUGACAUCAAAGUUGGUCUUAUUGGGAGCUGUACCAAUUCAAGUUACGAGGAUAUGGGGCGGUGUGCGAGCAUUGCGAAGCAGGCUUUGAAGCACGGCGUCAAGUCAAAGAUAACAUUCAAUGUCACCCCGGGUUCGGAGCAAGUUCGCGCAACGAUAGAAAGGGAUGGCAUUGCUCAGACACUGCGCGAGUUCGGAGGAACUGUUUUAGCGAAUGCCUGUGGGCCGUGCAUCGGACAGUGGGACCGCAAAGACGUGAAGAAAGGGGAAAAGAAUACGAUCGUAACGUCGUACAACCGCAACUUCACAGGCCGCAACGACGCUAACCCGGCCACGCACUGCUUCGUGACCUCGCCUGAGCUGGUGACCGCAUUAUCCCUUGCAGGGUCCCUCGACUUUGAUCCUUUGAAAGACAAGCUGAAGGGGUCUGAUGGCAAGGAGUUUCUUCUCGAUGACCCGUUCGGUGCUGAGCUGCCGGCCAAGGGGUUUGACCCCGGUGAAGACACGUACGAGGCUCCGCCCUCAGACGGCAGUAGCCUGAGUGUGGUUGUGGACCCCAACAGCCAGAGGCUACAGCUGCUCAAGCCGUUCGACCCCUGGGACGGCAAGGACCUCAUUGACAUGACCAUCCUGAUCAAGGUGAAAGGAAAGUGCACCACCGACCACAUUUCGGCCGCUGGUCCAUGGCUUAAAUACAGAGGUCAUCUGGACAAUAUCUCAAAUAAUAUGUUCAUUGGUGCUGUAAAUGAAGAAAAUGGCGAGAUGAACAAAGUGAAGAACCAGCUGACAGGAGAAUGGGGACCUGUUCCUGAUGUUGCUCGAUCUUUGAAAGCAAAAGGUGUACAAUGGUGUGUGGUUGGAGAUGAAAACUAUGGUGAAGGAAGCAGUCGCGAGCACGCAGCGUUGGAGCCAAGGCACUUGGGCGGACGUGCGAUCAUCGUCAAAUCAUUCGCGCGCAUUCACGAGACGAACUUGAAGAAGCAGGGACUCCUGCCACUCACAUUCGCCAAUCCCUCAGACUACGACAAGAUCAAGCCUUCCGACAGAAUAUCGUUACUGGGACUGAAAAACCUUGCACCAGGAAAGCCUGUCGAAGCUAAAAUCAAGCACGCGGAUGGCUCCACAGAGACGGUACAUCUCAACCACACGCUGAACGAGCAGCAGAUUGAGUGGUUCAAGGCGGGUUCCGCUCUCAACAGAAUGAAGCAGCUCGCGGCGGGUGGCAAGUAACCAUCUGAAGGAUUUGCAUCAAGUGGAGAGUAGCUUUCCCAAAGAGGUAUUGCCAGCAUCAGCCCAGGACGAGAGCAGCUUAUCACUUUCAUAGAGAUCUAGUCAUCAUCGAGGAUAACAUGUCUUUACAUAGCGUUCAUUUAAACUGUAAUGUUUGAGAGUAUCAGCUUAAAUAUGCUACCUGUGGUGUGUGCUACAAGUACAAAAAAUGUGGAACUAUGAAAAUUGAAUUAGCCUGUACAGUACAUAGAUGCUUUACACUUAUUUUUUAGAAUAAUUACUGUUAUAUACCUUAGCCAAAACUGUUAUGAAUGAUGCUAAGUAUGUGAAGUAGAUGUGGACAUUUGGACUUGUAUGUGCAGCUGUAAACAUAGCAUCGGGGUCCAGUGGGCUUUAAGACUGAAUGUUAUCGUCAUUUUAGAAGAGUAAAAAAAAUCACAUUUUUAGUAUUAUAUUCAUGUUUUGUGUAAGUACUUAUACUCACUCUUAUCCAUGCAUUUGGACAGUUUACAGUAUUAUUUGGAAAAAGAAACAAUAGUUGCUGAACUAGUUGAAAUGUAUCUUUGAUCAGGAUUUUGUUUUUGUAGAGUGCUUUUGUGAUUUCUGACAUUCUGUUUCAGUAUUUGUACUGUGAAUGGCGAUAAUAUGCAUGAUAUUUAAUUGCUUCAAUUAUAUUUGAGAGUUUUGAAAUUUAUUUGUUGUUAAUAGGUUUUCAAUUCCUUGCAAAAUAUUUACAAUGGAUUAUUUUGCAGAGUAUAAAGUGGACAAGUGAUUACAGCUGCUGUACUGUGACUUAUUUCAAAUUUCUUCCCUUCAGACAGGGUUGGCUCAUUUAAACCACAAUGGUUAACACCAUGGUUUAAAUCAAUUGGCUUUUAUAUUAAAAUACAAUUUUUUAAAUGUAUUUUUAAAUAGAAUAUCUUAAUAAAUUUUAAUGAAAGGUCUAA